UUUAUUAUGUUGUUGGUGAAAACUUGAAAAACAAGAGUACUUAUUUUCUUUCUUCCAUACCUUAUUUAUAAUCUCAUCAGAAAUUUGGUAAAGACAACAAUGGCCACAAGUUUUGCACACAAUCCAAUCUUGUCUACUAGUUUGUUCAACCACUGUGAAUUUAACAACAGAAUCUGCAAAUUUAAUAGUAUAAGCAAGAACCCAAAUCAGAAUCAUCAGUACACGACAAGGGUCAGAGCUAUUAAAGAGAAAACAGAGCAAGUUAGUUCUCCAGAUGAAGUUACUCAGAAGUAUGGCCUUGAAGCUGGUCUCUGGAAGAUAUUCAGCUCAAAGGAGGACGAAAAUGAAAACGAUGAAGGAAAGAAAUCCAAAGGAGAUCAAGCAAAGGAUCUUCUAGCAAAAUAUGGAGGAGCAUAUCUUGCCACCUCCAUUACUCUCUCCUUGAUAUCCUUCUCACUCUGUUAUGUACUGAUUGGUGCUGGUGUCGAUGUCCAAGCACUACUUCAGAAGCUGGGAAUUGCAACAAAUGAAACAGGCCAGAAAGUUGGGACUUUUGCUUUGGCUUAUGCUGCACAUAAAGCUGCCUCUCCAAUCAGAUUUCCUCCUACCGUAGCUCUGACGCCCAUUGUUGCUAAUUGGAUCGGGAAGAAAGUUAAAAAAGAAGACUAACUUUGUAGGCAUACCGUCAACAUAUAUGUAUUAUGUAUAUAUGGUACAUUCCUGUUAUCAUAAACUUUACGGUGCAUCUUUUUAGCUCCAAUAUUCUCUCGUACUUGAGAGUAACAAAAAAACAUGAUUCAGGUAUACAAGAUGCAUAAUCUUGUAUUAGUCAUCCAGAUGCACUAUGCUGGAUGUAGUUUGUCGCAAAUAUUGAACAUUUGCAAGCGAUCUCUUGUAAAUUGGAAGUAUUCUGCAAAACUUUCGCUACAUA